AUGAGGAAACAGUAGCUCUCUGCUGCCUGUACUUACAGGCGUCCAGUCGAGUGGUGCAACCAGGACAGGACAGGUCCCUGCUGGAUGGUAGCCUGUAAGCUUUUAGGGGGAGGGGGGACGGGGAUUAUCAAAGUGAUUAACUCACUUAGAGUCCUUUACAUUCUGAUGAAACAGACUUAUAUACGUUGAACCAUGGGCAACACAGCCGUGUGUAAGGUGUGCGGCUCAGACAAGGGCCUGAGGACCACUGGGAGCCCGGCUCAGCUGGACCAGAAUGCUUUGCCAGACUUCUACUGCAUGGAGCAUUUUCCUGUGCAGCGUCCUGUGAUCCUGGUAAGAGCUCACACUGACAGGCGCAGGGCACCUAGACGAGGAGGUAAUGCCUUCUGUUUCCCUUUGGAAACGCGUCUCUUUGUUGUCCUCGGGUCUUCACAUCUGACGUCUUUUUUCCAGAAUGGUCUUAAUGCGUUGCACCUGGCAGCCAAGGAGGGGCACAUAGAUCUGGUCCAGGAGUUGCUGGACAGGGGUGCGGCGGUGGACUCAGCCACAAAGAAAGGAAACACAGCGCUCCACAUAUCCUCUCUGGCGGGCCAGGCUGACGUGGUGAAGAUCCUGAGCAAACGUGGUGCUGAUAUCAACGCACAGUCUCAGAAUGGAUUCACUCCUUUGUACAUGGCUGCCCAAGAAAAUCACCUGGAUGUGGUGAGGUACCUUCUUGAGAAUGGAGGCAACCAGAGCAUUGCUACAGAGGAUGGCUUCACCCCUUUGGCCAUCGCGCUCCAGCAGGGCCACAACCAGGUCGUGUCUGUCUUAUUAGAAAAUGAUACGAAGGGCAAGGUGCGCCUGCCUGCCCUGCACAUUGCAGCUCGUAAAGACGACACCAAAUCAGCAGCCCUGCUCCUCCAGAACGACCACAACGCCGACGUCCAGUCGAAGAUGAUGGUCAAUAGGACUACUGAGAAUGGAAAGAGUGGAUUCACCCCCCUGCACAUCGCUGCCCACUAUGGGAACGUGAAUGUGGCCACGCUCCUGCUGAACCGAGGGGCAGCGGUUGACUUCACAGCGAGGAAUGGGAUCACUCCACUGCACGUGGCCUCUAAGCGUGGCAACACAAACAUGGUUCGCCUGUUGUUAGACCGUGGCUCUCAGAUUGAUGCUAAAACCAGGGACGGCCUGACUCCGCUUCACUGUGCUGCUCGGAGCGGACACGAUACAGCUGUGGAGCUGCUGCUGGAGAGAGGAGCGCCUUUACUGGCCAGGACCAAGAACGGGCUGUCCCCUCUGCACAUGGCAGCACAAGGUGACCACAUUGAAUGCGUCAAACACCUUCUACAGCACAAGGCUCCUGUUGAUGACGUCACACUGGACUACCUGACAGCGCUGCACGUGGCGGCUCACUGCGGUCACUACAGAGUCACCAAACUGCUGCUGGACAAACGGGCCAACCCUAACGCCAGGGCACUGAACGGCUUCACGCCGCUGCACAUCGCCUGUAAGAAGAACCGCGUGAAGGUGAUGGAGCUGCUGGUUAAAUAUGGAGCUUCCAUCCAGGCCAUUACAGAGUCGGGUCUGACGCCCAUCCACGUAGCAGCCUUCAUGGGUCACCUGAACAUCGUCCUGCUCCUGUUGCAGAACGGGGCCUCGGCUGACGUCAGCAAUAUUCGUGGAGAAACGGCCUUACACAUGGCAGCCCGGGCAGGUCAGGUGGAGGUUGUCAGAUGUCUCCUGAGGAAUGGAGCGAUGGUAGAUGCUCGGGCACGUGAGGAGCAGACGCCCCUUCACAUUGCAUCCCGCCUGGGGAAAACUGAGAUUGUGCAGCUGCUGUUGCAGCACAUGGCCCAUCCUGAUGCUGCCACAACCAACGGCUACACCCCGCUCCACAUUUCUGCCAGGGAGGGGCAGGUGGAGACUGCCUCGGUGCUGCUAGAGGCAGGGGCUUCACACUCACUAGCCACUAAGAAAGGUUUUACUCCGCUGCAUGUGGCCGCAAAGUAUGGAAGCCUGGAUGUAGCCAAACUUCUGCUACAGCGUCGCGCCCCUCCUGACUCUGCUGGGAAGAAUGGCCUCACCUCGCUCCACGUUGCAGCACAUUAUGAUAACCAGAAUGUGGCGCUCCUGCUCUUGGACAAAGGAGCGUCACCACACACAAUGGCAAAGAACGGCUACACUCCUCUGCAUAUUGCGGCUAAAAAGAACCAGAUGGAGAUCGCCACAGUGCUGCUGCGUUACGGAGCAGAGACUAACAUCCUGACCAAGCAGGGGGUCACUCCACUCCAUCUGGCCUCCCAGGAGGGUCAUGCGGACAUGGCCGCUCUGCUAAUAACCAAAGGAGCUCAAAUCAACGUUCCCACCAAGAGUGGCCUGACUGCCCUUCAUUUGGCAGCUCAGGAGGACAAAGUGGCCGUUGCUGAGAUUCUGGCCAGAAACGGUGCCAACCUGGACCAGCAGACCAAGUUGGGCUACACGCCACUGAUUGUAGCGUGUCACUAUGGAAACGCAAAGAUGGUCAACUUCCUCCUUCAGAACGGCGCAAGUGUCAAUGCCAAGACUAAGAACGGAUACACUCCCCUGCACCAGGCAGCGCAGCAAGGAAACACACACAUCAUCAAUGUGCUGCUGCAGUACGGAGCCAAACCCAACGCUACCACUGUGAAUGGCAACACAGCUCUGGGAAUUGCUCGCAGGCUGGGUUAUAUUUCUGUGGUGGACACACUGAGGGUUGUGACUGAAGAGAUCAUCACCACCACCACGACGGUGACGGAGAAGCACAAGCUGAAUGUGCCAGAGACCAUGACUGAAGUACUCGAUGUGUCAGAUGAAGAGGGUGACGACACGAUGACAGGCGACGGAGGGGAGUAUCUGAGGCCUGAGGAUCUGCGGGAGCUGGGAGAUGACUCCCUGCCAGGACAGUACCUGGAUGGGAUGAACUACCUGCGCUUCAGCCUGGAGGGGGGACGAGCCGACAGUUCAGACAGGUCCUUCACGCCCACUCACCACAGCUACUACUCUUCUAAACAUGAAGGCAUGAUGGAGGAGAUGCUCACCAGUCACCAGGUUUCAUUGCUUGCCAGGGAGACUGAGAGGGAUUCGUACCGGUUGAGCUGGGGCACAGAGAACUUGGACAAUGUGGCGUUGUCCUGCAGCCCUGUCCAUUCAGGCCACUCCUCUCCGUGCCAUGAUCAUGGAGACCACAGCAGCUUCCUGGUCAGCUUCAUGGUAGAUGCCAGGGGCGGAGCCAUGCGCGGCUGUCGACACAACGGCCUCCGCAUCAUCAUCCCGCCGAGGAAGUGCAGCGCCCCAACGAGAGUGACGUGCCGACUGGUGAAGAGGCACCGUCUGGCCACCAUGCCCCCCAUGGUUGAGGGGGAGGGUCUGGCCAGCAGGCUCAUUGAGGUGGGACCCUCUGGAGCCCAGUUCCUUGGUAAACUCCACCUCCCCAGUGCCCCCCCACCUCUAAACGAGGGAGAGAGUUUGGUUACCCGAAUCCUCCAGCUCGGUCCACCGGGGACCAGAUUUCUUGGUCCUGUCAUCGUGGAGAUCCCUCACUUCGCCGCCCUCCGAGGGAAGGAGCGCGAGCUGGUGAUUCUGCGGAGCGAAACAGGAGAGAGCUGGAAGGAGCAUCACUGUGAACACACUCAAGAGGAGCUCAACCAGAUACUCAACGGCAUGGACGAGGAACUGGACACUCCUGAGGAGCUGGAGAGGAAACGCAUUUGCCGUAUCAUCACUAGAGAUUUCCCACAAUACUUUGCUGUGGUGUCACGCAUCAAGCAGGACAGCAAUCUGAUUGGUCCUGAGGGAGGCAUCCUCAGCAGCACAGUUGUACCGCAAGUUCAGGCGGUUUUCCCUGAGGGGGCGCUGACCAAGAGGAUCAGGGUUGGACUGCAGGCCCAGCCAGUGAGCACAGAUGUCGUGAGGAAGAUCCUGGGCAAUAAGGCCAGCUUCAGUCCCAUCGUCACUCUGGAGCCGCGCAGGAGGAAGUUUCAUAAACCCAUCACCAUGACGAUCCCUGUCCCCAAGAGCAACUCCGACCCCGUCCUCAACGGCUUUGGAGGGGACACGCCCACCCUACGAUUGCUCUGUAGCAUCACCGGUGGAACAACGCCAGCCCAGUGGGAGGAUAUAACAGGAACGACUCCGUUAACCUUUAUUAAUGACUGUGUGUCCUUCACCACCAACGUGUCUGCCAGGUUCUGGCUCAUAGACUGUCGGCAAGUCCAGGAAUCGGUCAACUUCUCCACUCAGGUGUAUCGGGAGAUCAUCUGUGUCCCUUACAUGGCCAAGUUCGUCAUCUUCGCCAAGACCCACGACCCGAUCGAGGCGCGAUUGCGCUGCUUUUGUAUGACCGAUGACAAGAUUGAUAAAACGCUGGAACAGCAGGAGAACUUCACCGAGGUGGCGCGCAGCCGAGACGUAGAGGUCCUGGAAGGCAAACCUAUCUAUGCAGACUGCUUUGGUAACCUCGUUCCCCUCACGAAAAGCGGCCAACAUCACCUCUUCAGCUUUUACGCCUUUAAGGAGAACCGAUUAGCACUCUUCAUCAAAAUCAGAGACAACACUCAGGAGCCGUGUGGCCGCUUGUCAUUUAUGAAAGAGCCGAGGAACUACAGGUCACUUGCACAAAACGCUAUAUGCAAUCUCAACAUCACACUUCCAUCAUACUGCAAGGAGUCUGAUUCAGACCAGGAGCAAGAGGAAGAGACCAACAGACUGCUCGAGAAAUAUGAAGAGACGGAGACGUCAGUCCUGAAAUCAGAGCUGAUUCGAGAACCAGAUCUUCUGUCCGACGUGUCAGAGAUGAAACAAGAUUUGAUCAAAAUGACUGUCAUCUUGACUGCAGACUCCGCUGAGAAAUCCCCUUCCUUAGGAGGGUGUGGUCUAGAGAAAGGGACCGAGGAAGUUUCUGGAGAAGCGUUAGAAACAAUGGAAAAAGACUUAGAGAAAGUCAAAGAGGACCUAGAGAAAGUCAGUGAAAUACUGAGGAGUGGAACGUAUGAGGGUGAGGUGGCAGAGGAGGCAGCGAAAGCAGCUAGAAUGGCUGAGGAAUGGGUCCUCCUCUCAGACAGUGAGAUAGAAGAAGCCAAAAAGAUGGCAGCUUUAGAAAAUCAAGAGCUCGUCUUACGGGAAAGUAGAGGUAACAGAGGGACUCCCAGACCUAAAGCCAUCAAGGACAGUGGUGACCUCAAAGAAUACCUGCUGGAUGUACCAAUAAGCUCUAAAGUUAAAGCCAAAAAAGAGACAAGUUUCCAAGAAAGAUUCACUGAUGUUGUGCUACGCAAAAGUACUAAACCAACCACUCCAACCAAAGUUCAUGACAAACCCGCCACUGGUGAUGUUAAAAAGCCAGUGAGACGGAAGGGAAAAGAGCAGGGGAAGGCAGGGGAAUCGACAGAAACAGGGAGUCGUCUAAGCGUGCCCACAGCCAAGGCAGCAUCCCCUGUGUCCCCAGUGAUUGAAGAAACUCCCAUCGGAUCAAUCAAGGACAAAGUCAAAGCCUUACAACAGAAAGUGGAGGCAGAGCAAAAGAGCAAAAAGGUCACUGGAAGCAAACCUACGCAUUUGCCUGUUAUGAGCAAAUCCUCCCCAAAAGCCAAAGAAACCGCUAAGUCAAAGCAGGCCCCGCAUAAAUCCCCUAAAGCUGAUUCUGAAAAACUUGAAGAGACCAUGUCAGUUAAAGAGCUGAUGCAAGCCUUCCAAACGGGUCAAGACCCCUCAAAGAGAAAGUCGGGGCUAUUUCAGCUCAAAACAUCAUCCAAAUCAGAAAAAAGCACUAAAUCUGAAACUAUCCACACAAAAUCCACGACGAAAGCAGCAGCUUCACACGUCCCUCAACAGCGAGAAGUGUCAUUGGACUCAAAACCCCAAAAGAAACUGAUCCGUCAGCAAGACAAAGACACAAAACCCUCUGCUGAUUCAGAGCUAGCUGACACUGUAGACUUUGGAAAUGGUGGCCUUGAUGAUAGCUCUGGCAGCUCUAAACACGAGGGUGUGGCAGACUCCCUAAGUUCUGGAAAUGGAUCCUCUCAUUUGAGCUCUGAAGACAGUUACAAACAUGAGGGUCUAGCCACUCCAGGCACAAGCCCUGAAAGUCUAGGUCUUUCUCCCAAAACUGUAAAGCAGACCUCUACAACUUUGGCACCAGCUGCCACAACAGUAAAGAAAGAGAGUAAAGACACAGAGAAGUGUGGGGAUUCUGGUAUAGGGACCACUGGUGACCAACUCUCUACAGAAUUGACCCUCCUUGUCUCUUCCAGCAAGGCUACAGAUGACCACACUACAAGUGAGUCUAUAUCUGUUAAGAGGAGUGAGUCAAAACCACAAAAGCUUACAAAAAGAAUUUCAGAGACUAUAGAAACUUUUCUUAGCGAUGACGAAAGCCCCGAUCAUCAGCUAGCAUUGUCUUUAGUUGGGUCGUCAGCCCCUAGAUCCUCGUCUCAGCCUCACGACAGCUUAGACUUACUUUUAAAACAAGACGCAGAUGCUCUCAGUCCGUUAGCUGAUGACUCUUUAACAAUAAGCCACAGAGACUCGUUAGAGGGUAGUCCUCUCAUGGAAGAAAAUUCCUCCCACAAAUCCCCAGACUCUAUUGAACCCAGCCCAACUAAGGAAUCACCUCCUCAUGACUCCUUAGAGAGCAGUCCUGUAGAGCUACAAAGCUGCCCAUUCUUCCCACUAGGUCCACCUAGCAAAUCCUAUAGCCAUCCAGAGCCUCCCAAAGAUGCAGAAUUCCCCGAGGAAACUGUGCCCAGUAGGCUUCUUCGAGACCAUGAGGCUAGUGCUGAUGAUGACAGUUGUGAGCAGACGUCUCAGAUGACAAGUUCUGGUAAGAGCCCCCUCUCCCCUGACACUCCUAGUUCUGAAGAGGUAAGUUAUGAGGUAAACCCCAAACCCCCUGAUCAUUCAUUCCUCUUUGCUCUAUCAAAACCGGCUGUCAUCCCUGAAGACCCAGAGGAAGAUAAUGCAUCAGACAGCCACGAAGCUAGGAGAAAGAUCACUCCUGAGGAAGAGAUGUUUAAGAUGGCAGCCAAAAUAAAAACGUUUAAUGAAAUGGAACAAGACGUGAAGAGCAAAACGAAGUCUAGAAAAGAUGCCAAAAUAGGGGAUGACAGCUGUGAAAGUGAGAAGCUAUCGCAAAGUGAACGUGGGUUCAGUACGCCCACAGAGGAUUCAAAAUUAGCUCUUUUUGUUGAUCCCCUUAUUAAAGUACAACCUCCCUCUCCUUUUUCAGCAGGUUUGAAUGAUGGAUGCCACAGCAAAGAGGCCAAGAGCACAUCAUCAACCAGUGUCACCUCAGAGGGACCUCACUCUGUCUCAGACCAGCAUCAUUCAAAAUCCCAAAUGAAAAAAGAAGAAAGUUGCCCAUUAUCUCGAAAAGCCCAUAAAGACCAUAGCAACACAAAGGCAUCAACAUCAAAUACUAAAAAUAGGACUGAUGAGCAAAAGGAAGAAAGCUUAAGGAAGUCAAGGGAAGGUAGAGGAGAUGGUACGCAUGGUCACGAGUUAGAGAUUAGUGAGCCACAGACAGGUGUGCUGAGAUGUAGUAAUGUCACAGAUGAAGUUAAAGGAGAUCAGGCCGGACUCUGUGAAACUGUUAUUACAAGUAAGACAAGGGAAACGUUUAAACCAGAGGUCUGUAUCUACGAUGACACAGAGGACGACGACACACCUCCCAGGACCGAGUCCAAAGGUGUCACUGCAAGGGUAGAUACAGAGUCUUGGUCUGCAAUGCGGGAGGAUGAUGCCACGUUCGAAGCUCGCGUAAAAGAGGAGGAACAGAAGAUACUGAAUCUGGUUGUUGACCGUCAGUCUCCAGACACCACGCCUGGUAGGACACCAACAGAAGAGAGCACUCCCACCAGUGAGCCCAAUCCCUUUCUAUUCCAGGAAGGGAAGCUCUUUGAGAUGACCCGCAGUGGUGCUAUUGACAUGACAAAGAGGAGCUACGAGGAAGAGGCUGUUGGCUUUGCCUUUUUCCAGAUAGGAGAACAGCCUUUAGAGGAGCCUAUCUUAGAAGAGCCCAGACAAGAGAGUCAAAGAUCUGCUGCAGAACCGGAAGUUGGUCUCAAUUUAACACUAGAGGUUAAGACUGAUAACAGUGAGCAAUCCAAAGAAACCGCUGGUUCACAGCUUCAGUCCUCGCCUGAAAAUGAACAGCCAAGCUGCAAAGCUGAUGCCUCCAAAUCUAAAAUCCCCAAAAUGGGCAUUUCAGCUUCAGCUAAACCUACAAAGAAAGAUCAGACAUCCCCAGAACUUCUAGAGACGAAAGCAGAGAUAACUGAAAGAUCCUUAGAUUUAGACACGAGUUCGCUUGGUCAAAUGAUAACAAAUGUACAGACGGCAGAUACUACUAUAACUAGAUCAGUUUACUCUGAGCAGGGGGAAGAGUCCUCUGACUCUUCUCCAGAGGAACCACAGUCAGUAAUAGAAGCCCCCAAAACAACAGGGAAAUCCAAACAAAGCGCUUCCAGUAGUGUUAAAAAGACUCCAGUCAAAGCACCAGCUAAGCCUACUUCUUCUCAAGGCCGCGCUAAAUCAACAAUCCAUUCUCCAUCUCAUGCAGUUUCCCCUUCCAGCACUCCUAAAAAAGAGGCCAUCUCUACUUCUGAAUCUAAAUCUAGAAUUCCCGUUAAAGCUAGCACGAUGAAGCCUGACUCUACUGUCAAACGAGCUGAAAAUAACCAAGACAAAAAACUUAAGGUCCCUGUGAAAAAGGAUACAAGGAGAAAAUCUGAGACAGACGCAGGUCCCUCUGUGGAUGUCAAAACCAAGACUCCAUCUUCCAAAGCCAAGAGUUUCUGUGAGGGGGAGUCUCCCAGGUCAUCUAAAAAAGAACAGGGUCGUCCUUUGAGUGCUGAGGCGGCAAAAUCUAAGGGUUUUCAGUCCAGAUUGCCAGUCCGAGGCAAAAGCGGUCAGUCAUCACAUUCAACAACACCCACUAAAGAAAAAAGGGAGCCCUAUAAAGAGCCCGUUGAGUUCUUUGAAGAGAUAAGUGACGAAGCAGCAAAACUGGUGGCGAGGUUGGCACAGGCAGACAGAGAGCAAGAGGUUGAGGCCACCGUCUCAGAUGAUGAGAGCAGUCUCAUUGAUCCUUUAGUCAUAGAAAGAGAACAUUUCCCAGAGAUGCAGUUCCCUCCCUCAGGAGACAUCUUUCCCAUUAGACCACUGUGGGACGAACCUGUUGAGACACAGAUGCAGCGAAUCCCAGACGAUAAAGUCCAAAGUCAAGUAGAUCCACAGGAUGAAGCAGAGAGAAAAGAGCAACGGUUGGCCAUUAUAGCUGACCACCUUGGCUUCAGCUGGACGGAGUUAGCACAGGAGCUUGACUUCAGUGAGGAGAGGAUCAAUGAGAUAAGAACUGGAAACCCCAACUCACUUCAAGACCAAAGCCAUGCUCUUCUGAAAGUCUGGACAGAGAGGGAGGGAAAUCUCGCCACGGAAGCAACACUUAUCAAAAGACUGACAAAGAUCAAUCGAAUGGAUAUUGUUCACCUUAUUGAAAGCAGGACGUCUGAAGAAGAAACCUCACAUACGUAUGCAGAAAUCGAGUGGACCAUAGCACAGGACCAUAGUGAAGGUUUCUCUGCUCUUCAUGAAGACAUGGACAGCCCCAGGAUCAGCAAGCGUACAGAGGCUGCAAAAACGAGUCCACGCUCAGGACAACAGGUUCCCAUAGUGUCAGCAGAAGACCUUUCAUCCAGUUUGUCAUCCCUUCACGAGACAACAGCUCCUGAGACACCAAAGGAAAGGUUUCAAACAGUCGAUGACACACAGCUUCAGUCUGCCACAACAAUAACACAGCAGAGCAGCAACAUAGGUGUGCUCUUUGGUGAAGACGAGCCGAUGGCGUCAGUCCCUCUACAGCUGCCUGAACACAGCACAUACACAACUCACAGAGCUGUUACUCCAAUUCUGCCUUCACGUGAGAAGGCUUCGUUUGCAUCCCACAGGUGCUCUGAGUGGGCAGCACGAUCUAGUGAGCACUUUCCACCCUCGCCAGCUCCUGAUCGAGAUCAGGCAAUGCUUCAAGAACAUCUGAGAGCUCCUGACUGUAGCCAUGUGUCCUCGAAUGACAGGAGCCUCCUGUUGUCAGUGUCAGCUAAGCUUGAGAGCCAAGCUCUGACUAAGAGAGAGUCUGAAACCCUUGGAGACACCGAAGACUCUUCACCAGACUUGAAGAAGGUCCUCACAGGAACCAGAGAGAAACAAGCGUCCGAAUCUGAAUUAGGUAAACCGAAUGACCCAGUAAAGCAGCACUUCUCUGAAUCUCCACAGCACUCUGAUUCAGAUACGGAGUUCUUCGACUGCAGACAAGCCUUCUCUGACUUUUCUGAACCAGAAGAUGUGAUUUCCUAUCAUAUCUCUGAACCGCCUUCACCAGUACCUGGGAGUAGUCUUGGCCUGCAGCGCGCUACUCAAGCAAACCAGCUCUUCUUGCGGGCAGAAGAUAGAAAUCUCUUCUCUACCAGUGAAAGUCUUCCUGAAUUUGCUUAUGAUGUAGAGUAUCAGACAGACAGUGGGCUCCCCGUGCUGGAGGAGCUGCCUUCCAGAGAUCAGGCAGAAUACUGUGACGAUGAUGACUUCCUGGGACGGCUGACCUUCUCAGAGUCCCCGGCUCUGAGCGCUGCCACGGCGUCAGAGUUUGAAGUGGAGCCAGUGCAGGGCAGAAAGGUCAGCAAGGUUGUCAAGACAACCGUGGUGCGAGGCGAGAGGAUGGAGAAGCACACGGGAGACCCGUCACUGGCUGCAGACCUGCCUUCAGCCAGAGAGGACUUUGAGAAGGCUAUGAGUUAUGCUGGAGCAUUUGGAAAAGUGCUAAUGCCGCAUAUAGUAGAGAAAGAGCUUGUGCAGGAUGACGGCUCUGUGGUUAAAAGAAGCCAGAUGCGUAACUCACGCACCCAGAAGAGGACCGUGGUGAGGGAUGCUCGGGGGAAGCAUGUGCACCUGGAGCGCCUGGACAACACCGCAGACGCCCUGCAGCCUGAUGCGCUGCAGCAGCACCUGCAGCGACUGCUCCAGCGCUACUGUGAGGACACCGAGGAGGAGGAGGAGGAGGAGGAGGAGGAGGAUGAGGAGGAUGAGAACCUGAGCUGAGCAGCUGCUUCCACUGAUCUACAUUUCCACUAAAGCUUUUGGUGACGUACACUUCCUCAGAUCAAACCGCCCCCUGCUCAUCACUGGAGUUUUUCUUUCUUCUUUGGUUUGUCAGAACCGUGUUUUUGUGCUUUAACAGUAGAUGUUCGCUCUGAUUGUGACCAAAGAUAGCCACGCCUCACCGUCCUGAUGGUUUCUGUUCGUGUUUCCUGCGGCUGCUUUGAUGUGAUGUAGGUACGAUGCACCAAAGGCGGAGUAGAAAGAAAAGGCGCGUCAUGUUUCGCCUCGCGCACCGGCCUCUUCUUGAACUGUAAACAUUUGUACAUAGGGGAGCUGACAAGUCAAGCUGGGACGGAAAGAAGCUGAAAUAAUUCAAAGCAUUUACCACGUUAGCCCACGUAAACCUGCUGUACAUGCACCGACGCAGACACAUGAGAUUAACGCCAGAAAGAAUAAAGUGUGAAUCAUCAGAACCUGCCGAUCUGUUUACACAGGCUGUGGUCACACCUUUUGUCUUCCCACAAUGCAUCUGCCCUUAUGUUAUCUGUCCACACGUGUGGAGUUCCUGUCACAGAGCUGCACCUCUGUGUGCUGUUUAUACGGAGAAAGAAAGUCGUGAUGAUGAAUGUUUCGGUGCAGCACUCAUGUCCUCGUGUCUCAUGUUGGUGCUUUUCCUUACCUGCAGCUACACGUAGCGUUUUCACCCCUUUUAAAGCACAGCUGUGACUGUUAUUGUCAACAAAUCUGCAGAAAAACCCAAUGCCAGCUCUGCUUUUACACAGAUCUGUCAUUGGCCAUGCAUACGCAGCAACAUUUCCUCCAGCUUGCAACACUGAGUUUAAGAUAAAAUGAAGUGUUGAGUCUGUGAGAAAAUGGACAGUUUGCCUUUGAUUUAUUAGGAAAAUCAUCACAGGUUUCAUGGUCUCAGUCUUUAAGUGUUCUUCAAGCUCGUUUAGCAAAUUAUGGACGGAAAAUAGACAUUGGAGCAAAAACCAUAUGAUUUGGUAACAGAUGGAAGAACUAUCAACAGGAAGAGACCUGUGGUAGUGAUUAAAGAGACAAUGACCAGCCCACAGGUUCUGAUUAGAUCAACUAAUCGCUCCAACAGACGAUAAAUGGUGUAAAACCAGCUCCAGAAACCAGUGGCUCCUUAGAGUCGGGUUAUGGUCCCAGUAACUUUGUUGGUGUUGGGCUUCUCGUCAGAUUUGCAGACACGUAACAGCACACGUGUCCUUUAGUUUGUUUUAAACACAUAAAUAAUGUAGUUGUGAUUGUUUGUUGUCAUCACUGUUAUCACGUUUUAAAGCCACUUUAAACCCAGGCCGAGGCUUUUACCCCUUCAUUUAUGACACCUGUGUUUAUUUAUUGCUGUGUGUGUGAGAGAGUCUGGAUGUGUUUUAAAGCUACAGUAAACCUUUUUUCUUUGCCAUCGCAGACAAACAGUUGUUGUGAGGCGGCUACGACGCAGUCAGUGUGUUUGCUGCUCAUAUUUUCCAUGUAACCCACGUGUUGCCAUUACUUUGAGUGUGAUCCACUGGAAGAAUAAAGGUCGAAGAGAAAACUGAUCCCAUGGUGAUAACAAUAUAUACAUAUUAACAGUGCAAAUAUUUAUGCGGGCAUGUGUGACUUUACCAGAUGAUCAAAAUAAAAAUGAGGAGCUGCAGUGUGUUUGUGGCACAAUAAUAAAACUGUACAUGUCUCAAAUCACGCCGUCGUCAUUUUUUC